AUGGAAAAUAACUACGCUACUAUUACCCAUGUAGAAUUGAAACGUGAUAUUCUUAUUCCUUUGGAAUGGCCAAUUCGAGGGAUUGAACGUACCGUGCUUUAUAUAGCACAAAAGAUGAUAAUGGAACCAGAUGCUGAGAAGUGCUUUCUGGAGGUCCAGAACAUUCCUGCAAAACUUCUACGACGUCCAACUCGAACUGGCUUUAUCAAUAUUUUUCAAAAAGUGUCCCAUGAAGAGAUCGAAGACGCUUUCCGUUGUGACGUCGCAUCGCCCAAGGAUGACCGCUCUGUUAAGAUAGACAUUGCAAGCGGAAGCCAAAGCAUCAGUAAAUUGUCGGUAGCUGACGCUAAAAGGAUGUCACCUAAAACUCAGACAUCGUAUGUUGGUGUAAUACCUCCGGGCUAUAAGUAA